CAUUGCUCAGCCGGCGCUCGGCGUUGCAGCAGCAGCAGCAGCAGGAGGAUGGCCGGCGGCGCGGGCAAGAAGGUGGCGGUGGUGCUCGGCGCCGUCUGUUUGGCUGCCCUGGCGGGCCUGCUGCUGCUCUGCGUGCCCACCAAGGACCUGCGCGAGACGGCCGCCUUCAAGUAUGGAAUCGUUAUGGAUGCUGGAUCCUCUCACACUGCCAUGUUUGUGUAUAAAUGGCCGGCAGACAAGGAGAAUGAUACGGGGAUUGUCAGUCAGCACAGCAUGUGUGAUGUGAAAGGAGGCGGAAUCUCCAGCUAUGCUGCAGACCCUCCGGCUGCUGGGAGGAGCUUGGUAGCCUGUCUUGAUCAGGCGAUGAAGGACGUCCCAAAGGAGAAGCACGCAAUCACCCCACUCUAUCUCGGGGCCACGGCUGGCAUGCGGCUGCUGAACCUCACUGACUCCCAGGCUUCAGACAACAUAUUGGCAGCUGUGGCUUCUACCCUUAAGGAUUACCCCUUCGACUUCCGAGGAGCAAAAAUACUAUCUGGAGAGGACGAGGGUGUGUUUGGAUGGGUCACAACCAACUAUCUUUUGGAGAACUUCAUUAAGUAUGGCUGGAUUGGGCAGUGGGUCCGUCCAAAGAAAAAAACGUUGGGAGCCAUGGACCUGGGGGGAGCUUCCACCCAGAUCACCUUUGAAACGCAAGAGGAGAUUGAGACUCCCAUCAAUGCAAUGACCCUGAAGCUGUAUGGGCAGACGUACAAAGUCUACACGCACAGUUUUCUCUGCUAUGGCAGGGAUCAGGUCCUCAAGAGGCUUCUGUCCAAGGUGCUGAAGGCUGAAAGGUAUGCACUAAAAGUAGAGAACCCUUGCUGGCCCAGGGAUUACAAGAAGAAUUUCACCAUAGAGACUGCCUAUGACUCCCCAUGCACUUCUGCCGAAAGGCCCACCAACUACUUCCCCACGGCCAACGUGAACAUGAGGGGCUCUGGGGACCCAGCCCUGUGCCGCCAGCGUGUGGAGAGUCUCUUCCAGUUCACAGGCUGCACCUACAAACGCUGCUCCUUUGACGGCAUCUUCCAGCCCAGUGUCACGGGAAACUUCAUUGCCUUCUCCGCCUUUUUCUACACUGUGGAUUUCAUCCAGUCCGUGAUGAAGAGACGCAUCACCACACCAGAUGACCUUCAAGAAGCUGUGGUUGAAAUCUGUAACUCGACUUGGUCUGAGCUGCUUCAGAAAGCCCCUGACCAGGAGAAGAGGUUGCCUGACUACUGCUCAACAGCUGUCUUUAUCCAGCUUCUGCUCAUGGAAGGUUACCGUUUUGAUGAGAACACAUUCCCUGACAUUGCCUUUCAGAAGAAGGCCGGAGACACAUCCAUUGGCUGGGCCCUUGGCUACAUGCUCAAUCUUACCAACAUGAUCCCAGCUGAAGAGACCAGCUUCUGGAAGGGGACAGCAUACCGCUCCUGGGUGGGCCUCAUCCUCCUUUUUGUUGCCAUCAUCCUGGUCACAUUGGGGGCCAUGCUCUGCCUGCUGCGAUCUUCCAAGGGGCGUGGAACAAUGUAGGACCAGCUACCGAACAGAUGAAAAUCCAGGCUGGUGGGGCGGCAAGUGGAUGGAAGGAGGUUCCACCCACAAUAUCCUGCCAUCUCCAAUCGAGCAGCUCACGUUGGCCAUUUCAGGAGCUCAACCUCUCCCUGUGACUUGUUGGCAUCAAUCCCAAAGUGGAGAUCAUGAGGAAGGGAUGGCAGAAAAAGCAGACAUUGCCUAAAAGAGCAGGUCUCCAUAGGGUUUGAAGAUGUCCUCUUUUAGAUU